AUAGCUUCGAGGGUCCUCGAGACAACGCCAAGAUAUGUGCCGAGUGCUGACCGCGCCGCACUUCGCCCCCCGCCAUUUGGAUGUCUGCACCUCAUCAUCGCCUUCUCUUCACUCUGGUCCUCUCCCUCCCCUCUCCCAAAUCGUCGCCCACCUCCUUCCUAUCUCUCCGCCGCCUCCAUUUUCUCUCACCAGCUUCUCUCCAUCUCGCCACAACUACUUCCUUCUCUAGCUUAUUUUCCUCCACCAGAGCGUCCGCCAUGCCUUACAAGCGCCGCGGAGGGCAUGCGACUAAUGAACGGCAGUACUGGAAGGAGAAACCUCGUGCUACGUCCGUCGACAACAUUACAGAGAGUAUCGGCAAUAUCAGCAUUUCCGAUGCUGCGGGAGGUAAUAAUAUGGGUGCUGGUGCUAGUGGUAGCUCUUCUGCCGUGCAGUUUGGGGCGAUACCGGGCAAUUCGAUAGCGAAGGGGCAGCCGCGGGGUGUGUGGUUGCCGAAAACUUACGUGACAGCGUCGGAACCUGUGGCAUCUGCGGCGCCUUCUGCGACGGCUUUGCGCACGGAGAAGGAGACUGAGGUGAGCGGUGCGGGGAGCCUGUCUAGGUUGUUUCAAGGUCAGCUGGGUGAGAACUUUGUGGUCGAUAACAAUACGUUCUCCAGGGCGCAGAUACGGGCGACGUUCUAUCCAAAGUUUGAGAAUGAGAAGUCGGAUCAAGAGAUUAGGGCAAGAAUGAUAGAUAUGGUCGCCCAUGGCCUAGCUACAGUCGAGGUAUCACUUAAGCACUCUGGAUCUCUAUUUAUGUAUGCUGGUCAUCUGGGUGGAGCAUAUGCAAAAAAUAGCUUUGGAAACAUAUACACAGCAGUUGGUGUUUUUGUACUGGCUCGGAUGUUCCAAGAGGCAUGGGGUGCUGCGGCAAUCGAAAAGCAAGCAGAGUUCAAUGAUUUUUUAGAGAAAAAUCGUAUGUGUAUAUCAAUGGAAUUAGUUACUGCAGUAUUGGGGGACCACGGUCAACGGCCAAUUGAUGACUAUGUUGUUGUUACAGCUGUAACUGAAUUGGGAGACGGCAAACCAAAUUUUUUCUCCACCUCCAAAGUUAUUGCAUUUUGCCGCAUGUGGCGCUUACCAACAAAUCAUGUUUGGCUUUUCUCUUCAAGAAAAUCUGUCACCUCCUUCUUUGCUGCCUAUGAUGCAUUAUGUGAAGAGGGAACUGCCACUCCAGUCUGUCAGGCUCUUGACGAAAUUGCUGACAUAUCUAUUCCGGGAUCAAAAAAUCAUAUAAAAGUUCAGGGUGAAAUAUUGGAGGGCCUGGUUGCUCGUGUGGUGAGUCAUGAUAGCUCCGAACAGAUGAACAAAGUUCUAAAAGAGUUCCCCCCUCCGCCCGUAGAUGGAUCCAGCCACGUAUUGGGACCAAACUUGCGUGAAGUCUGUGCUGCUAAUAGGGCUGACGAGAAGCAGCAAAUAAAAGCACUGCUUCAAAGUGCUGGAGUUUCAAUGUGUCCAGACCAGUCUGAUUGGUUUGGCGAUGGUGUUGGUGCUCAUUCUAGAAGUGCCGAUCGAUUUGUUCUUUCUAAGUUCUUACAAGCUCAUCCUGCGGACUAUUCUACGAUUAAGUUACAGGAAAUGAUACGCUUGAUGAGGCAAAAGCAUUUUCCUGCUGCAUUUAAGUGUUAUUAUAACUUACACAAAAUCGAUUCCAUAACAAAUGACCAUCUUUACUAUAAGAUGGUCAUCCAUGUGCAUAGCGACUCUGCCUUUCGAAGAUAUCAGGAGGAAAUGAGGCGGAACCGAGAGUUGUGGCCCCUUUAUAGAGGAUUUUUCAUCGACAUUGAUUUAUUUAAAGUACAGAAGGAUAAGGCUUCUGAACUUGCAAAAGAGAGCAAUGCUCUGCUAAGCAAUUUGAGUAUUAGCUGCUCCUCAAAAAUAGAGAAAGAUGGUCUUGCUGAUGAUGAUGCAAAUUUGAUGAUCAAAUUGAAAUUUCUUACAUAUAAGAUUCGCACUUUUUUGAUCCGCAAUGGUUUGUCUAUACUUUUCAAAGAUGGCCCAUCAGCUUACAAGACAUACUACUUAAGGCAAAUGAGAAUCUGGGGAACAUCAGCUAGCAAGCAGAGAGAGAUUAGUAAAAUGUUGGAUGAAUGGGCAGUUUAUAUUCGACGGAAGUUUGGACACAGACAGUUGUCAUCGUCAACCUAUCUUUCUGAAGCUGAACCUUUUCUGGAGCAGUAUGCUAGACGUAGUCCACAGAACCAGGUUUUGAUAGGAUCUGCUGGAAAUCUUGUUAGAGUUGAGAAUUUUCAGGCUAUCAUUGAAGGAAGUAGAGACGAAGAGGGUGAUCUUAAUCCUGAUGAGGAUUCAGCUCCUUCUAGUCCCAUCACCACAAAUUUAGACAUGGUUACAAAAGAUGAGGGUCUUAUUGUGUUCUUCCCAGGAAUACCUGGCUGUGCCAAAUCAGCCCUCUGCAAAGAAAUCUUAAAAAAUCCUGGCAUGUUUGACGACAAUCGGCCAGUGCAUAGUUUGAUGGGCGAUUUGAUUAAAGGACGAUAUUGGCCCAAGGUAGCUGAGGAUCGCAAGAAGAAACCAUAUGCUAUAACCCUUGCUGACAAAAAUGCACCCAAUGAAGAAGUGUGGAGACAGAUCGAGGACAUGUGCCGGAGUACAAAAGCAUCAGCUAUUCCAGUUGUUCCUGAAUCUGAAGGAACCGAUUCAAAUCCCUUUUCUCUCGAUGCACUUGCUGUUUUCAUUUUUCGUGUGCUCCAACGAGUUAAUCACCCGGGAAAUCUGGACAAGUCAUCUCCAAAUGCUGGUUUUGUACUGCUUAUGUUUUAUCACCUUUAUAAUGGCAAGAACCGAAAAGAAUUUGAGAGUGAACUGAUCGAACGAUUUGGUGCUCUUGUGAAGAUGCCUUUGCUGAAAAUUGACAGGUCACCUCUACCUGAUUCUUUGAGGAUUAUACUUGAGGAAGGGUUAAAUCUCUAUGGGCUUCACACAAGCAGGCAUGGAAGGGCGGAACCGAACAAAGGCUCAUAUGCGAAGGAGUGGGUGCAAUGGGAGAAGCGUCUACGAGAGGUCUUGUUGAGAAAUUCUGAUUAUCUCAACUCUAUCCAGGUUCCGUUUGACAUAGCUGUCAAGCAAGUCAUUGAACAACUCAAAGAUGUCAUAAAAGGGGGAAUUAGAACACCAGAAUCUGAGAAGAGGAGAUUUGGCAACCUUGUUUUUGCAGCUGUCACACUCCCUGUACUUGAGAUUAGAACUCUGUUAGAGAAGUUGGCUGAGAAAGAAUCUGAAGUCCAAGUAUUCCUUAAAGACAAAGAAUUGGAGAAUAAUCUAACUAAGGCUCAUGUGACCUUGGCUCACAAAAGGAGCCAUGGGGUGACAUCUGUUGCUAGUUAUGGUGCUUACCAGCAACAGAAAGUUCCGAUAGAGUUCACCGCAUUGCUAUUCUCCGAUAACCUGGCGGCGCUCGAAGCGCGAAUAGGAUCCAUCAACGGCGAAAAGAUAAGCUCUAAAAAUGAAUGGCCUCAUGCUACAAUUUGGACUGGAGCUGGAGCCUCCGCUAAGGAUGCAAAUGCAUUACCACAAUUACAUUCUGAAGGCAAAGCAGUGAGGAUAGAAAUUGAUCCACCUUUUACAGUGGAUGGGGUGGUAAAUUUCUAUUGAGGUUUCUAUUUAUGCUCCCUUAACAAAAGGGAGGAGAUCUGUAAAACAAAUAAAGCAGAAAAAUUUUGUAAUAAAUGCUUAUUUAGUUAGAAAUAAGUCCCCAGUAAUGAUCAUUAGUGAGGAGAAAUUUUUGGUGUGUUCAUAGAUUUUUUUGUUAAACUAGUUUUACAUCAAGAAGCAUUAAGAUUUA